GCGAGUCUUUUCCCGGUUGAGGCAGCCAAGCUGACCACUGACCCAAGACCAGCUGGGCCACACCACCAUGGGGUCCCGCGGGGCUUGGGGGGCGACUGUGCGCUGGGGGCUGCCCCUCGGCGCCGCCACGCUGCUCCUGCUGCUCCUCCCGGCGGCCGCGGUGGAGAAGUCGCCCGGAGUGGCUUGUUCCCAGAACACAAACAAGACCUGUCAAGAGUGCCUGAAAAAUGUCUCUUGUCUUUGGUGCAACACUGAUAAGACGUGCUCGGACUACCCAGUGUCAAAAAUCUUGCCGCCUGCUUCUCUCUGUGCGCUGAGCUCUGCACGCUGGGGCGUUUGCUGGGUGAAUUUCGAGGCGUUGAUCAUUGCCAUGUCGGUGGUCGGGGGCCUCGUCCUCCUGGCAGUCGCCACGUGCUGCUACUGCUGCUGCAGGAGGAAGAAGAGCCGGAAGCCAGACAAAAGCGAGGAGAAGGCCAUGAGGGAGCAAGAAGAGAGGAGGAUACGGCAAGAAGAAAGGAGAGCAGAGAUGAAGUCAAGGCAUGAUGAAAUCAGGAAAAAAUAUGGUCUGUUUAAAGAAGAAAACCCGUACGCUAGAUUCGAGAACAACUAAAGCACUCCUGCCGAGUCUGGUCCACAGCACCCCGUCCUGCUCUGACCCUGGCGACGUGAACGUGCUGCAGCUGCCCGAAGGCAGCCUGUCCUUGUCCUGUGAGCGUCUGUGCCCUUUUCUGUUUCUGUAUUUAGUCGCUCGAGAUAGUAAGCCUGUGGGGUGCGGGAAGCUCGCUCUGUCUGCGUCAGUUUGAGGAGGGGUGCACGUUCCACUUCUCGGUUUGCACGCUGGUUGCAAACUGCCGUCCGCAACACUAACACUCCUGCUGCCGGGGCUCUUCCCGUCCGCCCACUGACCAGCUUCACUCCGCACCGGGGGAGCCGUCCCGCGUGCAAGGAUCGGCCUGUCCCCGCGUUUCCGAGCCGCAGGGGCGGGCCUCAGGUCUCCCAAAUGUCAGUUCUGGUGGCUUUUGCGUCCAGACUGCUGCGUCAGUGGCCCUCCUUCCUGACUGGUUACAGUGAAGAGCACUGGGGGAGACUCCUUUAAAUUUUUUUCUUUUUAAUUCUGGAUUUUAUUUCCCCAUCUAAAAGAUUUCACCAUAAAACUUUACUGUCAAUGUUCAGACCACUUAUCAUAUGAUUUUAAAAUUUGCAUCUUCACUAGAACAUGACGACUGUUAUCCAGUGAAAAGCUGAAUUAUAAGUGGAGGUUCGAAGCAACCUCCCUGCGGCAGUCGAUGGGUGCUGCCAACCCCAGCAAGGAGCUCAGGAGUGCUGUUGCCUGCCCUGCUCGUUGUUCUUAGCGCCGUGACAGCAGGUGCCAGUCCUGCGUGCGGUCACAGGUCCUGUGAGGUGCUCUCCUGGGUCUCCAAGACUCCCUGCCAUUGGGCGGUGUGCCAGCCCCGAGGAGGGAGGCACCAUGCCCUGGGCAGCCCUCUGCAGGGCUCUGUGCCUGGGAAGUGGGGGUGUCCAGGGCCAGCUGAGGGAAUCCACACACCACACAGACACUGGUAACUGUCCUUGUCAGGUGCCCCGGCUCUGAGCUGCGCUCCUUGGGCUCAGGCUGUCCUGAAGCUUUUCCUUUAGAGGCAGCUUCUCAUAGUCACUGGUGGCCUCCAGGUGCCCUGUGGCGCCGUUCAUGGUGGUUCCGUUUCUUUCAGAUCAAGAGACAUGGUUUUAGCAAUAGUUGAGCACAUGUCAGGACAGCAGCACACAGUGAAACAGUGGGAGCAGCCCUCCUUAAAUCGGAGCAUGUUCCCUGCAGCCAGAUCGCUUUGAGUUAGGGAACAUUUAGCUUCGGGAAAGUGGGCAACAGGCGCGGAAAGGAGCCAUGCGUUCCGUGUGCACACUCCUGCUGCUCUCCGACCGUCAGGUGACGUUCCCUGCAGAUCAGGGGGGCCGGGCCGCAUGAGGCUUCCCCCCGGGAGACCUGUGCGGAGUGCACGUUCCUGCAGAGCUGGGACACUGACCUGUGACAACGCCUUCCGUCUUACUUCUCUCACUUGGGCAUUUGACAGCAAUUUCAAGUAUUGCAAAACAUUCCUUAGUAUUUUAAAGCACCUUGAUUUUUUACUCUCUGCUGUUUAUUCAUAGGAGACCAUUUGUAAUCGACUUUAAUGAACUUUGUAUUAACAAAUAGUUAGCGUGUAUAAAAUCACUAAGUGUAGGGUGCUGAGCUGAAGGUAGAGCUGGGGAUUAUGAAAUGCUCUUUCCCAGGACAGCCUCGCCGGGGCAGCAGUCCACGUGCUUUUCUCUGAAAUAGUACUAAAAGCAGCCUGAAAGCAUAACCUCAAGAAACCAUAAACUUUGGAGUGCCUUAAUUUUUAACCAGUUUGCAGUAAAUGGAUAAU